AUGAUUUUGUCUAAAGGUUUGACUUCCGACCGCCAGCCAUUGGAUGAGUUCAGGAGAAGAGGUUCCCAACUCCCGACGAUCCACCCUGAUUCGAUAUUCUACGCUGGCAUAAGAUUGGACCUUUUCGAGUGGUCCGAGAAUGCCACUCACGGUAUUGAGAGAACCGGUCUAAACUCCGUGCAAGAGCUUGAGUCGAAAAGCGACGGGAUCAUUCGCGUGAUCUUGGCACCUCGAGACAUACCUGCACCGGGAAAAACAGAGGCGCUGAUCGAGCUGUUCGAGACAUGCAGUGUUCCAAGCCCGUUUAUCGACGAGAGCUUGCGGGACGUUUCGCAAUCCUUCGCAGCGUGCGAAGACGUGAAUGACACAUUGUGCAUCUGGUUCCAUCUUUUGUGUAAAACUUUGAUAGAGGGCAGGGGAAAAGGCGCAGUAUACGACAGCGAAGCUAAGACUCAGAAGGCGGCGAAAGCUCGGAGUGAAGCAGACUUCUCUUGGAUAAAGCCGGGUAUCGUGAUGAAGAUCCGGAAGCAACCGAAGACAACACCUAAGCCAGUGCGGACAUCGACAUCGAAUAGCGAUGAUACCCUGGUGGAUGCACCAGUUAAACCCAAGGUUGAGCUAGUAUGCUUUGGCGCACCCAAUACACUACAUGACCGACUGCGAACAAUCGCAGUAGCGACUACGUGCGACGAACUCCUGGAUGAUCCAUAUAUGUUGCUCGCGAUCAUAUUUGAAGACAUGUUCAAGAUCUUAGAUUGCACGGCCUGGGCUGUGGCCGACAAGUUCGGUCGCUUGGAAACGAAAACCCUGGAGAUAGCAAGCAUGCCCGGAAAGGCAUCAGAAGAACUGCCGACAGACCUUUUCACGGCGCUGCACAACCUCGCGAAGCAUGCUAUAUAUCUGCGCGAGAAUUGUGAAGAAGCAUUGGCUACCUUAAAAGAUCUCUCCGAUCAUCAUAAAGCAGCAACAGGCGAGGAUCCAAACGCGUCACAGAAGCGCACCCGCCAGGCGCUCGAGUACCGAAAGACGUUAUUUGAAUCGACGCAGCGCCGGCUUGCAAGUCUGAAUGCACGGAUCUCGAACAUCAUCCAAUUGUCAUUCCACAUCGUUACGCAGGGUGACAGCAAGGUGAUGCAAUCGGAAAAUCAGAGUAUGAAGACGAUUGCGGUAAUGACGCUUGUGUUUAUGCCCUUGGGUACGGUCGCGUCCAUCUUCGGUAGUCAGUUCAUGGAACUUCAGGAGGAGCAGCCGCACCAUAUUACGGUAUCGCGCGACUUUUGGCUGAUGUGGAUCAUCGCCGUUCCAUUGACUGUUAUAGUCUGGACCAUCUGGUGGUUCACGUACAUGGAUGCAAAGGCAAGGUUGGUAGGCAAAAUGGAGAAGUCCGAACACGGUUAUAUGGUAUGGAAGAUGUUGCAUAAAAUGCUGCGCAGAGUGGAAGUGAAGAAGGGGAUGUCGGAUGCGUGA